UGGUACGAUAAUUCGAUUCCAUCUACAAUGACGGCUAAAUAAGUAAAUAACCAUUGCAUUGAGUGGACUCCUCAAAAAGUCAAAAUGGGUGCAGCCUGUUCUUCAUCCCCCCUUCCUCUUUCGUUACCCAAUCACCAUUCAUCCACUCUCCACCCCAAAUCACCAUCAAAUUUCAUCAUCUCCCCUUCUACUCUCACUUAUUAUUCCCAUUUCCCCAAAUCUUUACCCAAAUCCUCAAUGAAUUCGCCCCCCAAAUGCAGCAGUAUUACAACCAACUCCUCAACAAAUUCUCUGAAAACCCCCAUCUCCGAUCCUCACUCAAUCGACUCAGAAUUGGUUCAGAAGUUGGUUCAUGAUGCUCUUGUUUGGAGCUCUCUUCAUGGGCUUGUUGUAGGAGACAGAAAUGUGGAGAGAUCAGGAUUGGUUCCUGGAGUGGGAAUGGUUCAUGCCCCAAUUGCUUUAUUACCAAAUUCAUUUCCAGAAGCUCAGUGGAAUCAAGCUUGUGAAUUGGCUCCCGUUUUCAAUGAGUUAGUUGACCGAGUUAGCUUGGAUGGCAAGUUUCUACAGGACACUCUUUCGAGAACGAAGAAAGUGGACGCCUUUACAUCCAGAUUAUUAGAUAUACAUUCUCGGAUGCUACAAAGCGGCAAGAAAGAGGAUAUCCGCUUGGGAUUACAUCGCUCGGAUUACAUGCUUGAUGAGAAAACAAAUUUACUUCUUCAAAUAGAACUGAACACAAUUUCAUGUUCUUUUUCUGGUUUAAGUUGUCUUGUCAGCGAGCUUCAUAGGAGCUUACUUUCUCAUUACACAAAACCCCUCGGGCUUGAUUCAGAAAAGGUUCCAAUAAACGCGUCAACAAGUAAGUUUGCUGAGGUGUUGGCGAAGGCGUGGGCCGAGUAUAGCAACCCGAGUGCAGUAGUAUUGGUGGUGGUUCAACCUGGAGAAAGGAACAUGUAUGACCAACAUUGGCUUACUGCAACCCUCAAGGAAAAACAUAACGUUACAAGUAUCCGGAAGACACUGGCUGAAAUUGAUGCACAAGGGAAGAUUCUUGCAGAUGGAACUCUUCAAGUGGAUGGUGAAACCGUUGCGGUCAUAUAUUUUAGAGCUGGAUACGCGCCCACUGAUUAUCCUUCCGAAUCGGAGUGGAAAGCUAGGCUAUUGAUGGAGGAGUCAUCAGCUAUUAAAUGCCCUUCAAUAUCAUAUCAUUUAACGGGUACCAAGAAAGUUCAGCAGGAGCUUGCAAAACCAAACGUGCUUGAGAGGUUUCUUGAAAACAAAGAUGACAUUGCGAAGCUUAGGGAAUGCUUUGCUGGAUUAUGGAGUCUUGACGAUUCUGAUGCUGUCAAGAAUGCUAUUCAACAGCCAGAGGCAUACGUCAUGAAACCGCAACGAGAAGGCGGAGGUAACAACAUUUAUGGAGACGAUGUUAAAGAAACACUAUUAAGAUUGCAGAAAGAAGGGUCUGAAGAAGAAGCGGCUUACAUUCUCAUGCAAAGAAUAUUCCCAGCCGUUUUCCCAACGCUUCUUGUACGAGAAGGUAUUUGCUAUAAAGAACAUGCAAUAUCCGAACUCGGGAUAUUCAGUGCUUAUUUAAGAAACAAGGAGACGGUAAUUAGUAACGAACAAUGUGGUUAUCUGAUGCGCACCAAAGUUUCUUCGUCAAAUGAAGGCGGUGUUGCUGCUGGUUUUGCCGUUCUGGAUAGCUUGUAUUUGAGUUGAUAUAAGAUAAUGUAAGGAUCAGUAAUCAUUCCUUAAUGAUUUCUGGCUCAAUCAAGAGCUAAUAAGUUACCGUUUCGGUUUGAUCCUUGUUGCACGCUUAUCUGUCAGAUACCGAAAGUUGCGGCAUUUGUAAUGAACUUGUAUUUUAUUCAUGUUGUGAGACUUGAGUCAACUACAAAAGUCAAAUCUUAGAAUACUGAAAAGCGAAUACUUUUUCUUUUAUCU